AUGUCGGGUUGGGAGGCCACGCUGGGCGGGUGGACGCGCGUCCGCUACCUGCUGCAUGUGGCGGCGGUGGCACCGGCGCAGCGUGAAGCUGCUUUAGUCGAGGCGGCGGCGUACAUGCAGGCGCACUUGUGGGAUGCGGACAAGCUGCGCUCGGUGCGAUGCGAGGCAGGUAUGCCGAACGAGGCGGCGUGGGACACGUGGCUGGCUACGACGGCCGCCCACGUCCACGAAGAGCAAGAGCGGCUCUUGGCGGACUUGGCCGCGUCCCAGCAUACGCCGGAGCGUGCGCGCCGCAUCCACUGCCUGCUGGGCGCGCACUUCCGCCGACGCGGCGCGUUUCGUGCGGCGCUCGAGCACUACGAGAGCGCCCGCGAGUAUGGCAUCACGAACGAGCAUGCCCUGGCUUCGUACGUCGGCAUACUACAGACAGCGCACGACAUGGGCGACGCCGAGCGGGUCUUGCUGUGCUAUGAACAGGCCCACACCAUGCUGCGUGCGCUCGUGCGGAGUCACUCGACGGAGGGGUGGCAGCUCGUGCGGGACGUGGCGGGCCUGCCCGACGCAUCCUGUGAGGACGUGGCGGCGCGCCUCGCUGCGUGGCGCCUGGUCGCACAGUGGACGCUGUGCCGCGACGCACUGCCCGAGCCGCUCCUGUCGGAGCACAGCGACGCGUACGCUGACCUCCUCGGCCCCGCCCAGGGUGCGUGGUACGCCGUGCUAUGGGCGCUAUGCGUACAUCCGCCGUCCGUGCAGCGCGCGCGCGCCGCACAAGUGCUGCAGGACGCGUCGUUUCGGCAGUACACCGACGUGGCACGCGCGCCUCGCGACGUGCUCAGCACGUACCUCGUGUCCGACUGGCCGUCGUGCAUUGCUCUGGUGCGCGACGCACAUGCGUCGGCGUGGCGCUGUGAUCCAGCCAUCGGCGUGCAACGCGCAGAUACGCUGCUGCAUACCCUCUUGACGCGCCUCAUCGAGUGCCAUGUCCAGGCCUACACGUGCGUGCCGCUCGCGUCGCUGUCGCGCCUAUUCGGCGACUCGGUGCCGCGGAUCCUCCUCGACUUGAUCCGGAGCGGAGCUGUGCGUGCGCGCAUCGACUGGGCACGGCAGGUGCUCGAGAAAGAGGACGUGCACGUCGUCGAUGUGCGCCCCUCCGAUAUGAGUGCGCUGCGUGCUCGCUUGACCGUCUUGCAGCGCCUUAGCUUGGCCACGUCGUCCAAAUCGAGUUCGAUGUCGUCCACGGAUCCGUCCACGUAG